CCACAAUGGCCAGCGAAUUCAAGAAGAAGGUCUUCUGGAGGGCGGUGGUGGCCGAGUUCUUCGCCAUGACCCUCUUCAUCUUCAUCAGCAUCGGUGCGGCCCUGGGCUUCGAGUUCCCCAUCGAGAGCAACCCGGGCAACGUGAGCAAGACGCGUGUCCAGGACAACGUGAAGGUCUCGCUGGCCUUCGGGCUCUCCAUCGCUACCAUGGCCCAAAGCGUCGGCCACAUCAGCGGGGCCCACCUGAACCCGGCCGUCACCCUGGGCCUUCUCCUGAACUGCCAGAUCAGCAUCUUGCGGGCGAUCAUGUACAUUAUUGCCCAGUGCCUGGGCGCCAUCGUAGGCACGGCGAUUCUUUCGGGAGUCACCAGCUCUCUGAAGGACAACACGCUUGGCCUCAAUACGCUGAGCAAUGGAAUCAAUGCAGGGCAAGGCCUGGGCAUCGAAAUCUUUGCCACCCUGCAGCUGGUGCUGUGCGUGCUCGCCACAACAGACCGGAGGAGGACUGACCUCUCUGGAUCGGCUCCUUUGGCCAUUGGUCUGUCUGUGGCCUUGGGGCAUCUUCUUGCGAUUGAUUAUACCGGUUGCGGAAUUAACCCAGCCAGAUCUUUUGGUUCAGCCGUGGUUACAGGUGUAUUUAUGAAUCACUGGAUCUUUUGGGUCGGCCCAAUAAUCGGAGGAGCCAGUGCUGCCCUCAUCUAUGACUUCAUCCUGGCUCCCAGAACCAGCGACGUCAUGGACCGCAUGAAAGUCUGGACCAGCGGGCAGGUGGAAGAAUACGAUCUCGAUGCAGAUGACUCCCGAGUGGAGAUGAAGCCAAAAUAAAGGAGAAUC